CAGGCUUUCGGGUGGGGAGGGACUGGGAGACCCCAGAGGACAGAGUCGCCCCCGUGAUGACCCUGUCUGCAGCUACGAGAGACCCUGAGCAAGGCUUUCUUCACUGGGCACCUCCUGCAAACCAGGCCCUGCACUAAGUGUUAGGGUCACAGCGGGACAGUGACAAAGAUCCUGGCCCUCUUGCAGUUUCUGUGUUACUAGCAGGGAGAUGGAAGUAAACAAAAAACAUAUGACAUUAGUAAAUGAUCUCAAAUGUCAGAAGAGGGUAAGUGAAAAGAGAAAAAGGAGAGCAGAGUGAGGAGGACAGGGAAUGCUGGGGGAGGUGGCUUGGUUUUAAAGACGGUGGCCUCUUUAAGGUUAAACGAGGUUCAAUGCAAACAGCCCUGGUGACAUUUGAAGAAAGGGUGUUCUGGGCAGAGGGAGCUACCCUGGCAAAAACUGGCAGUGGCAGGGAGGGCUGGAGCAUUCAGAACAGCAAGGAGGUAGUGGCAACAGAGCAAGGAAAAGAGGUGAGGCAGGAAGAGAGGAGCCACACUAGGUGCGCUUGCAGGACGCCAGGGGGCAGAGGAUGGAGCCCUUACCAGCACCCCCACAGCCCUGCUAGGGGUAUUGGUUUGAAAGCCUGCGUAUGAAUUUCACUUGCUACAUGUGGCUGCAUGAUCUUAUAAAGUCUCCUCCCUUUCCAAGGCCCACAUCCUCCCCAUAAAAUGGUAAUAACUGCAGUGCAUCUGUCAGGUUGAGGUCAGGAAGGAAGGGCAAUCAAAAGCAUGGCAGCCUGCAGGAAAGAUUUACAGCAUGCCUGCUGCAAGCUAGGAAAUGUAGAGCUGGCCUCCCAGGCCUUGUGGGAGGAACAUGUAAGCAAAUAAGAACUUGUCCCUAACCCUAGAGCACUCCGGGGACCAGGGAGCUGAACCUUGUUCGGAGAGAACAGCAGGGGCAAAGUGUAGGAAGAGAGUGAGUGGAGGCCAGGGAUGAUGUGGCAGUUAGUUGACAUAGGAGAGAGGCGAGUGGAGUGGGAGGUGGGUAGACACAGCAAGGACUCCGUUCCACUAACAGUGGGCCCCAAGGAGCAGAUUCCAAGCAGGAGAGGAAAACAAUGUGAUCUGCAGUUCAAGAGUUCACCUGGCAGCUGGGAGAACAGAUAAAAGGGACACUGAGGCCAAGUAAGAGAUGACAGUGGCCUGGAUGCUAGCCAAAGAGAUAGCAAGGAGCAGAUGGACUCAAGAGACUUGUGAAAUAGGACGAACUGCACCUUAUGGUUCCCUCACUGUGGAGGAAUAGGGGCUUCUCAGAGGCCAAGCAUUUGCCAUGGAGGAGACAGGGCCCAACCUGGGUGUGAAAGACACUCAGGGGUUCUAGGGGAACACUUCACAGUCAGGGAGCAGGUUUCCUCCUUUCAGUUCCACAAUACACCUGCAGGGCUCAUAGAAAUGGGGCUGAAUGAUCCUAGAACUUAUGAGCAGCUGAAUGAGACCAAGGUGCCCUCAGUAAUCCUCCACAGUGGAGCUGUAGUAUGGACAAGGCAUGUGCUUUGUGGUCAGACCCCAUCCAACUCCUGGCCGUCUCCAGCUGUGUGGCUAGGGGCCACUCAGCCUCUCCAGGAUUAUUUUCUUCAGGUGUAACCUUCACUGACUUUUUUGUGAAGAUUUCCCUAGGCAACUCAUGUAACACAAACUGCAGUGGAUAGAGCCCAAUCUUCGGGGUCAGGCCCUGUUCAAUCUUAUUUAACAAGUAUUGAACAGACAUGUACCAAGCAAUGACUGCAUACCAUGCCUACCAUGCACACAGUGCCUGGUCCACAGCCAGCAUCCACAGGGAGAGUGUGGAGGUGGAGUGGGACUCAGGUACUUAGGGAUGUCUUUCUUCUACCAACCAGCCCUGGCUAACACCCAGCCCUAGGCAGUUCCUCUUGCACACAGGUUCUUUGCACUGACCAACACUGAGAGCAGACCCUCGGAGCAGCCGGGUCGGAAGUGUUUCACCUCAGUCACCAGACAGAUCCAGGAUAGGAUGGGCAGCCCAGUGCACCGAGUGUCACUGGGGGAUACCUGGAGCAGGCAAAUGCACCCCGACAUGGAGAGCGAGAGGUAUAUGCAGUCCUUUGACGUGGAACGGCUCACCAACAUCCUUGAUGGAGGUGCCCAGAACACUGCUCUCCGGAGGAAAGUUGAUCCAUGAAGCAAGUGGGUAAGAAGAUUUGAAGGUGCCAGAAACCUCACCCAGGUCCCUAAGCCCUCUAUUCUCUGUCUCUGCAGAGAGCAUCAUCCACAGUUACCCAGAGUUUAGCCGUAAGGACAAUUAUUUCAUGACCCAGAAUGAGCGUUAUAAGGCUGCCAUGCGGAGGGCAUUCCACAUUCGGUUGAUAGCACAGCGCCUGGGUUGGUUGGAAGAUGGUCGUGAAUUAGGCUAUGCUUACAGGUGCUCACUUCUGGGGCAGCCCCACUAGAGAGGGAUCCACCUGGGAUCACCUGGAAACCCCCCAGCCCCAUGAGCCAUUUCCCCCAACAAAGGGAAGACUUGUUGGGAAACCAGGAUGCAAGGUGCCCUUUAUCUCCUGUACUCUGCUCAGGCAGGGGGUACCUGGGCCCCCAUCUCCAAUAGGCUACUCAACUACAGCAUCUCUCCCCAACAGAGCCCUUUCUGGAGAUGUGGCUUUAAAUAUACACAGAGUCUUCCUGAAAGCCCUCAGGAGCCUGGGCUCAGAGGAACAGAUUGCCAAAUGGGACCCACUCUGCAAAAACAUCCAGAUCAUCGCAACGUAUGCACAGACAGAGCUGGGACAUGGGACAUAUCUUCAGGGCCUGGAGACUGAAGCCACCUAUGACGCAGCCACCCAGGAGUUUGUGAUACACAGCCCCACGCUGACUGCCACCAAAUGGUGGCCUGGAGACCUGGGACGGUCAGCCACCCAUGCCCUGGUCCAGGCCCAGCUGGUCUGCUCAGGAGCCCGGCGGGGCAUGCACGCUUUUAUUGUGCCAAUCCGGAGUCUUCGGGACCAUACCCCACUGCCAGGAAUCAUCGUUGGGGACAUCGGGCCCAAGAUGGACUUUGAUCAAAUGGACAACGGCUUCCUGCGGCUGAACCAUGUGCGGGUCCCCAGGGAGAACAUGCUGAGUCGCUUUGCACAGGUCUUGCCAGAUGGCACAUACAUCAAACUCGGGACAGCACAGAGCAACUACCUUCCCAUGGUGGUGGUGCGGGUGGAGCUGCUGUUAGGGGAGGUCCUCCCUACACUGCAGAAGGCCUGUGUCAUCGCCACGCGCUACUCAGUCAUCCGCCGCCAAUCCCAGCUCCGGCCCAGUGACCCAGAGGCAAAGGUCCUGGACUACCAGACGCAGCAGCAGAAACUCUUUCCUCAGCUGGCCAUCAGUUAUGCCUUCCAUUUCCUGGCAGUCAGUCUCUUGGAGUUCUUCCAGCACGCCUACACUGCCAUUCUGAACAGAGACUUCAGCUUGCUGCCUGAGCUCCACGCACUGAGCACAGGCAUGAAGGCCAUGAUGUCGGAAUUCUGCACUCAGGGAGCUGAGAUGUGCCGCAGGGCUUGUGGCGGACACGGCUACUCAAAGCUGAGUGGCCUGCCAUCACUGGUCACCAAAUUGUCGGCCUCCUGCACCUAUGAGGGUGAGAACACAGUGCUCUACCUGCAGGUGGCCAGGUUUCUGGUGAAGAGCUACCUGCAGACUCAGAUGUCCCCUGGCUCCACGCCACAGAGAUCUCUCCCUCCAUCUGUCGCGUAUCUCGCCACACCUGACCUGGCCAGGUGUCCAGCCCAGAGGGCAGCCGACUUCCUCUGCCCAGAGCUCUACACCACGGCCUGGGCACACGUGGCAGCAAGACUGAUAAAGGACUCAGUGCACCAUUUACAGACCCUGACGCAAUCCGGAGCUGACCAGCACGAGGCCUGGAACCAGACCACUGUCAUACACCUCCAGGCUGCUAAGGCGCACUGCUACUAUGUCACUGUGAAGGGUUUUACAGAAGCUCUGGAGAAACUAGAAAAUGAAUCAGCGAUUCAGCAGGUGCUCAAGCGCCUCUGUGACCUCCAUGCCAUACACGGAAUCUUGACUAACUCAGGUGACUUUCUCCAUGAUGCUUUCCUGUCUGGUGCCCAAGUGGACAUGGCAAGAACAGCCUACCUGGACCUGCUCCGCCUGAUCCGGAAGGAUGCCAUCCUGUUAACUGAUGCUUUUGACUUCACCGAUGAGUGUUUAAAUUCAGCACUUGGCUGUUAUGAUGGAAAUGUUUAUGAACGCCUGUUCCAGUGGGCUCAGAAGUCACCAACCAAUACUCAGGAGAACCCUGCCUAUGAGGAAUAUAUAAGACCACUAUUACAAAGUUGGAGAUCCAAGCUAUGAAAUAACCAACAGUAUUCAAGAAGCAACCAGCACCAUCAUGUGAUACUGGUACUAUGGCAUAUAUGCAACAUUAAAAUUUUAAAUUAGA